CGGCGGAUGUCCGGCCGCGGCCAUGGCGCUGGCAGAGGCGGGCGCCCGCGGGCGGCUCCUGCGCUGGCCCCGCGUCCUGCUCUUCGGAGACUCCAUCACUGAGUACUCCUUCCAGGAAAAUGGCUGGGGGUCAUACCUUGCUGAGAGACUGGUCAGAAAAUGUGAUGUUGUGAACCGUGGGAUCUCGGGGUACAACACCAGAUGGGCUAAGUUGAUUCUUCCAAGACUGAUCACUGAAAGUACUGGUGCUGACAGUAUUGCUGCAGUUACUAUUUUCUUUGGAGCUAAUGACAGUGCUUUGAAAGAGCUGAACCCCAAGCAGCACGUUCCUCUGGAGGAGUACGCCGCCAACCUGAAGGGCAUGGUGCAGUACCUGAAGUCAGUAGACAUUACUGCAGACAAGAUCAUUUUGAUAACACCCCCACCUCUUCAGGAAUCAGCUUGGGAAAAGGCAUGUCUUGCCAAAGGUGACAAGCUGAACCGCUGCAACGCCACCACGGGGCAGUACGCCCAGGCCUGCGUCCGGGUGGCCAAGGAGUGCGGCACGGACGUGCUCGACCUCUGGAGCCUGAUGCAGAAGAACCAGGAUUUCUCUUCCUAUUUGUCUGAUGGCCUUCAUUUAUCAGCGAAAGGCAACAGCUUUGUAGCAGCCCAGCUUUGGUCACGCCUGGAAAACAAACUGUCUGCCCUUCCUUGUCUGCUUCCUUACUGGCGUGACGUGGACCACACGAACCCCGAGGCCAGUCUGCUGUGAGAGCCGUGCAGGGGGAGGCGGGGCAGCCGCGCCAGGCAGAGCUGGCUCGUUGUGCUGCAGACCGUGUCCUCGGGGAACGCGGCACCGGGAGCCCCCAGCAGCGCUCUUCUCUGUCCCCUUCUCUUGGGCUGUGGGAGAAUAAAGGUGAGACCACUUG